AACGAUGCAUUGCUGAUUCAGAACGGUGUUCUCCCGGUGCAAAACGAUGCUUUUCCAGAUCAGAAUGAUGCUUUCUCAGUUCAUAACGGUGCUUUGACGGUCCAGAAUAGUGCUUUGCUGUUUCAAAACGGUGCUUUGUUGGAGCAGAAAGAUGGUUUUGCGGUGCAAAACGAUGCAUUGUCGAUUCAGAACGGUGGUUUCACGGUGCAGAAUGGUGCUUUUUCCGUGAACAAUGGUGGUUCCACGGUUUUGCAGAACUACGCUUUUCCCCCGCUUCAGAACGGUGGUUUCCCGGUGCAGAACAAUGCUUUGCCGGAGCAGAAUGAUGUUAUCCUCCCAGUUCAGAACGGUGUUUUGCCGGUGGAAAAGGGUGGUUCCUCUUCCACUACGGUAAAUAACGGUGCUUCAUUGGCUAACGUUGCACCAAGGAAUCAGAGAGGGAAAUGGAGUGAGGACGAACACUUGUUAUUCUUAAUUGGGCUUCAACAGCAUGGUAUAGGAAAAUGGAAAGCUAUUUCAGAACGUAUUGGAACAAAAAGUAGGACACAGGUGGUGAGUCACGCCCGAAAAUUCUUUGCGCGUCAGAAUGCUGCACCAGAAAAAAAGAAAAGAAGAAGCAUUCAUGACAUGGUUUUAGAAGACAUGAAUAUCGUUAUUGAUCGCACCAAUGCAGUUCGUGGCCCACAGAAUGUUACUGCUCGUCAUCCGGAUCGUUGA